AUGCGUGUGGCAGAUUUCACUCUAGUCGACGGCGAACUCAUGUUGUAUAAGCAAGACGGCACACAAGUGUUUGUGGUGCCGCAAAAUGCGAGACAUGAGAUAUUCCGGGAAGCUCACGCCGGACCGUUCGGAGCGCAUUUUAGUGCUCAAAAACUAUUGCAUAUCUUAUCGAAGCUAUUCUGGUCUAACAUGGCACAAGACAUCAAUAAGUGGACGAGACGAAAACUACAGGGGAAAGUCCCUACUUUCAUAUUACAUGGCAGGGAUCCUAAGGUUCCCAACAGACCUUAUUACUCAGUGCUGGACAGUCGCGAUGACUAUAAAACCGAACUGUUGCAAGGUGUAGCAAAGGAUCACGAAAGAGUGAAGGAACACAACGACCGUGUUCGUUAA